CGUGUGAGGUCAUCGCGCGGGCGGGCGGGCGGGGUCGGACGGUUUGAACGAGACGAAGACGGAACCUGAGCCGGGCGCGGGUAGUGGACGCGGUUCCGCUGAGAGCCGAAGAUGGCAGUGAACGUAUACUCAACGUCAGUAACCAGUGAUAACCUAAGUCGACAUGACAUGCUGGCCUGGAUCAAUGAGUCUUUACAGUUGAAUCUGACAAAGAUUGAACAGUUGUGCUCAGGUGCUGCCUAUUGUCAGUUUAUGGACAUGCUAUUCCCUGGCUCUAUUGCCUUGAAGAAAGUGAAAUUCCAAGCUAAGCUAGAGCAUGAAUAUAUCCAGAACUUCAAAAUACUACAAGCAGGUUUUAAGAGAAUGGGUGUUGACAAAAUAAUUCCUGUGGAUAAAUUAGUAAAAGGAAAGUUUCAAGACAAUUUUGAAUUCGUUCAGUGGUUCAAGAAAUUUUUUGAUGCGAACUAUGAUGGAAAAGACUAUGACCCUGUAGCUGCCAGACAAGGUCAAGAAACUGCAGUGGCUCCCACCCUUGUUGCUCCAGCUCUGAAUAAACCCAAGAAACCUCUUGGCUCUAGUGGUGCAGCUCCACCGAGGCCCAUUUCAACACAGAGAACUACUGCGACUCCUAAGGCUGGCCCAGGGGUGGUGCGAAAGAAUCCUGGUGUGGGCAACGGGGAUGAUGAAGCAGCUGAAUUGAUGCAGCAGGUCAAAGUAUUGAAACUUACUGUUGAAGAUUUGGAGAAAGAGAGAGAUUUCUACUUCGGAAAGCUAAGGAACAUUGAAUUGAUUUGCCAGGAGAAUGAGGGGGAAAAUGACCCUGUAUUGCAGAGGAUUGUAGACAUUCUUUAUGCCACAGAUGAAGGCUUUGUGAUACCUGAUGAAGGGGGCCCACAGGAAGAGCAAGAAGAGUAUUAACAGUCUGGACCAGCAGAUCAAUAUUGAAUUCUUCACUCCAAAAUCAUGUGCUUAACUGUAAAAUACUCCCUUUUAUUAUUCCUAGAGGAUUCACUGGUUUCUUUUCAUAAGCAAAAAGUACCUCUUCUUAAAAGUGCACUUUGCAGAAGUUUCACUCCUUUUCUGAUAAGUUUGAGUUAGGAGCUUAUACCUUGUAGCAGAAGCAGUAUUAACAUCUAGUUGGUUCACCUGGGAACAGAGAGGCUGACCAUGGGGCUCAGCGUGUGGAUACUGGUCACACUGAAUUGCUGAAGAAGGUGUUUGGUGUAACACUGAGGUGGCACCCUCAAAUAGAGACAUGUAAAGACUGAAUUGAAUUUUAAGCUAAUGUGAAAUCUUGGCAAAGAACGUUUUAAUAAAUGCCUUAAGAGUAUUUAAAAUAUGCUUCCAUAUUUCAAAAUAGAACAUGUAACCUGACAGGAGAUAUUAUGUGUCUGACUUUGUGUCUGGGAAGGAGGGGCCAGACUUUGGGACCUUUAUAGCCUGUUGUGUCAGGCCUUACAGGGCUGCUUGAAUCCUCACAGGCCACACCUUUGGCCCCAAAGUGGAAGUUUAAAAAUUGCUCUGUAAGGCCAUUUGGUAUCAUUGGCCAGAUGCAUCCCCGCUACUAGCAAGUGGCAUGGUUGCCUGGGUGAAUGGUGUGUUUCAGUCCUGAGAUGGUUUGAGGUGAAGACCUAGAUUUUCAUUGAGCAGUCCUCUGAUUUAUUCAACUAUCUUUGGAAUUGCUUUGCAUUGUGUGUUUUUGGGAAAUGAGAUACCCCCCCCCCCCCUUUUUUUUUUAAAUCUAACAACUAGUUUUGGGAACUUGCCCACAUCUCUGGGAUUCAAAUGGGAAUUGUGUCCCAUUUUACUGUUUUUUAAGUUUACAUUGAACAUAUUUCUCUUUUCUGCUCCCUUUGUCCACUGGGAGCUCCUCUUUGGCUCCUUAAGUUUGCUGCUUAGUGUUGGAAGUACAGCAGGCAGGUGAUCAUGCUGCAAGUUCUUGCUGGACCUCUGGCAAAGGGAGUGAUCUUUGACGGCCAGUUACCUUGGGAUCUACAAGGCUGGGGUGUUUUCCAUAUCUGCUGUUCACAGCUCUCCACUGUUAUCUGGAUACUUUGCCAGUGCACUAAUCUCUUUGGAGAUAAAAUUCACUAGUGUGUUACUAAAUGUCAUAUUUUUUUUUUUUGCAGAAGAUACAGUACUAUGUCUGAAUUAAUUAUUAAUAUUUAAAAGAUUUCAUUCCUUCUCCUUCAUUUGCUUUGCCCAUGGCCUAGUCAGUCCCUUUGUUUGGCAGAAUUCUGCAAAAUGUAUUUCACCCACUACUGAGAUUGUUCAGUCCCUGAUGUGUUUGUAUUGAUUUGUUUCUGGUGGUAGCUUGUCCUAAAAUGUGUGUAGAAAGCAAGGUAUUUUAUGAUAAAAUUGUUGUGUAGUGCAUGCUUUGCGUGGAAUUCAGAGGGAAACCCAGAUUCAUUGAUUAACAAUGCCAAAAAUGCAAGUAACCAGCCAUUGUUGAAAGGACAGUGGUGCUAUUUCUCUUUUGUGGCCUUUUAUUAGACUUCUGUUGCCCGGAAAUCCAUUUUAUUGGGAACCCAUUUUCCACCUGGUCUUUCCUGACAGGGUUUUUUUCUACUUUAAACAGUUUCUAAAUAAAAUUCUGUAUUUCAA